GAAGGAGCUUUCCAGCCACAGAUCAGAGAGCCGCUCCAGCAGGAACUCCAGCGCCACCGGCGAUCACUUCUGAAGUAAACGCCUUUCCUCUGCCGCUAGACUUCAAAACAGAGGAACGGAUCAGGAAGAUCUGAGGAGGGUUGAUCCUCAGCAACAUGAGUCUGAGGAGGAAGAAGGCUGGGCUCUUCAUCAGCUGGCAGAGGUCCUUCUCCUUCUUGGCUCCUUGGAGAAAAGGUAAAGAAGGCAGGAAUGCAGUCCUGGACAGUGAUGUUGUUCUGACGAAACUGAAACUCAUCAGCAACUUCAAUGAAAAGCCACUGAUAGCAGAAGACCCUGGGUCCAGCGUCUCCACAGCAGUAGCUUCUGAGCAGGACACUCUUGACCUGAUCAAGAACUCAGAGGUAAACUCCCCGCUCCAAGACAAGCCCGCCUCUAAAUCCCUAUCUGCCAUUUUCUCAGACUCUCGUCUCUCCCGGUCGUACAAGUUUGAAUCGGAGGACUCUGGAGUGGAACUGCCCAGUGGAGCUAACUCUCUGUCCACCCCAACAGGCUCAGAAAAGAGCUUUGAGAUCCACAGUCGAGAGUCCUCCUGUGAUUCCUGUAACUUGGACUCUUCCUCUAAUGAAUUAGUUAUCAGUAACCAGAACUCUGACAAUAAGCAGGCAAAACACUUAGAUACAACAUUAAAUACAGCAGUUGGGCCCCGAGACAAUGUGUUCGAUGGCAGAGACAGAUUUGAACCAUCAGCUCCAACGGUAAAACUGUACAUAGGAGAAGAAACAGGCCAGGGUGAGGCUUCAGGAUUCCACUCUGAGGAUUCUAGGGACCAACUAGAACAAUGUGAGGAGAUGAGCUCAUCACAUGAUGAAGAGAAACCAUUAAUGACCAAAUAUGAGGACAGACCAGCACAGGAGCAAGAGACUGAGACCAUGAGGAGGACGGACACCAGGGACAGCCUGGACGACUACAUGGACACCUGCUGCAGACUCACUGAGACCCAGCAGCAGAUCUCCAGACCUCUGGGCCCAGGGCUGGGUUACCUGCACCUCAUCUGCCAGCUGCUGGAAAAAAUCUGUCAUCAGCAGGAGAUCAACAUCCAGCUGCAAAGGCAGGUGUGUGUCCUGCAGAAGGACAGCAGGAUGACAACGACUAAGGAGCAGUUCUUCCAGCAGUACUGCAGCUGUGGCGCUGCUAUCCUGGCCUUCCAGAAUUACCCGCCGAAAAGUGACUCCCUGUCUCCAAGUGGUACUUUCUCUAAUCUAUCCACCAUCCCAGAAGUCAGCUGGUCAACAGCCAGGAGAAGAGAGGACCAGUCCGCAUGGAGAAGGACCUUCAUGGAGGAGCAGCUCCGUCUCCAUGGCGAUGACGCAGAGGACAGGAGUCCUGGACUGGGCAGGCUCGGUGAAAUCUACACGUGGGGCCGAGACCUGGUGAGGAAAACCAAAGAGAGGAACCAGAGCAGACUGGGAUUAACUCCCGCUUCACUGAAGCUAUCCUGUCCUCAGCUCUACAGGCCUGUUGAAGAACACAUGGAUAAAGGUGGAAGAAGCAGGAGCUCCAUGGCUGCCCUAGACCACAGGAACAAACCAGACCUCUGGCUUUAGCAUCCAGAGCCAUGUGCUGCCACCAGCUGAAGGCCACCCCUCAGACUUAUCAGGAGCUCAGAGAUGCCUUGAGAACAAGGACGAGAUCUUCCAGGGCAGCUGCUAAACUGGACCAGCCUGCUGCUUCACUUCUCCGUUUUCAUUCUUACUGAUCUCUCUAGAUUGAACGUUCUCAUCAACGAUGUGGCGUCCGGUUGGCCUUGACACAUUAGCCAGUCGGGGUUUGUUUUUCAAACUGACAUCUGAUGUUUUCAGAUCAUUUGAACAGAAUGCUCCUCAUUAUGCCCACAUGUAUUUCAGUCUUCUUUAGUUGUUGGCCUCUAAAAGAGAUUGCAGGACCAGGGGCGGAUUUAGGAAGGGGGUCUUCGGAAUU